AUAGGAUGCAAACUGCUAACAUAUAAAAGGCUCGAGUUCAUUUUCAUUUCUCAGUUCUCAACCUUGCAAGAUGAUACGAAAGAGUGUUACAGAGAGCUUUGGUACAGCCAUAUCAUCUUUGACUACAGCCCAUCUUACUGAUGGAGUUAUCAGAAGAAGCAAGAGAAUGAUGCUGGACACACUGGGGGUUGGAUUACGAGGAACCAGCACCCCGGUCUUUAAUGUGGCUUUUGAGUACAGUAAGAGAUACCAAGCCCAACAGAAAAGCAGUGUGUGGGGAAGACCAGGGUCAUUUCUUCCACCUCAUUAUGCCGCAUUUGUCAAUGGGGUUGCGGUGCACUCUAUGGAUUUUGAUGACACCUGGCAUCCUGCCACUCACCCCUCUGGAGCUGUGCUGCCUGCUCUGUUUGCUCUAGCAGAGAAUCUGCAUUCUAAACCUUCAGGCUUGGACCUACUUCUGGCCUUCAAUGUGGGACUUGAAGUUCAGGGGAGAUUGAUGAGGUUUUCAGAAGAGGCUCAUAACAUCCCCAAAAGGUUCCAUCCUCCUACAGUUGUUGGAGUUAUGGGCAGUGCAGCUGCCACAGCCAAACUGAUGGGUCUGUCCACAUCACAGACUAUGGCAGCUCUUGCUAUCGCAUGUUCAUCUGCUGGUGCUCCACUGGCUAAUGCUGCUACUCAGACCAAGCCACUGCACUUGGGAAAUGCCGCUAGUAGAGGCCUGGAGGCAUCUCAGCUUGCUCUUCUUGGUCUGGAGGGCAACAAACGCAUUCUGGACCUGGAGUCAGGCUUUAGCAUCUUCUACCAAGAUUAUUUACCACGUCAUCUGGCUGAGGUUUCCCCAACUAACCAGUACAGAUGGUUGCUGGAAGAACAGGAUAUUGCAUUUAAGCGCUUUCCUGCCCACCUCGGCAUGCACUGGGUAGCUGAUGCAGCGGUAAAUGUGAGAAACAAAAUUCACACCAUACAGCCAAAUGCUGAUCUUAGUCAAAUUAAAAGGAUUGUACUGAGAGUCCCUUCAUCCAGAUACAUAGACUGUCCACUCCCAGUGACAGAGCACCAGGCUAGACACUCAUACCAAUUCAAUUGCUGCAGUGCUCUGCUCGAUGGUGAGGUCACUGUGGACUCCUUCAGCAGUAAAAUGAUGGAAAGGAAAGCACUGAAAGACCUGCUCCUCAAGGUCCAUCUGGAAAAUCCAGAAGACAAUCAGGCUAGUUUUGAAAAGAUGUACUCUGAAGUUGUGGUGGAGAUGGCAAACAGCGAAACACACACAGCACGUUGCAAUACAUUUUAUGGUCACUGGAGAAAGCCUCUCAGUCAGGAGCAUUUGAUCAGAAAAUUUAAGAAUAAUGCUUUGACUGUGCUGAGCACAGAUGCUGUAGAUAGCAUUGUGCAACUUAUUGACAACUUGGAGACAGUCACUGACUGUUCUGUCCUGUGGUCAUUCAUGCAAUUUCAUAAGCACAUAAACCACCACAAUGAAUUGUAUUAUUCAGCAUCUGCUUAAAUGAUACAUAAAAUUUAAACUUAAGUUGACUUUUGUAUGAUGUCAUGACACCUAUGUGGUAAUAUCCUUACAAUAUAGAAACUAG